GUCUUUUAAAAUGAAAAUUGCAAAAUAUAAAAGGCACCAAAUAGUAGUAACUUUGCCUUUUUUAGUUUUCAGUUCUCACUUUGGAGGAUAAGUGAAAAUUCUAGCGCCAGGUUAAAGAAUUUAGAGCAUGGAUUUUAAAAAGUCCAAAAUGUCGAAUAAUAUUUUAAAAUAUACAUUAUAUUAAUAUGUAUAUAUAUUGUAUGCUAAAAUAUCUUUUGGACUGAAUUGAAUUUAUUAGACUACAAAGCGAUAAGUCCAAAUCUAGUCUAAAAAAAUUUGGACUCGAAAUUUGAGUUCGAACUUAGUCUGACAAGUUUGAAUUACACCGGACUAUGGACUUUUCGCAGUCCACUUAUACCCCUGAAAGCUAGGAAGUCUAGCUAGUACUGAGCUCUAUAGCAUGAAAACGACUAUACUUUUGGAAACGAAAGCGUUUGAAUAUGGGAAAAUGUCAUAGUCAACCAUUUCGAAGCUCCAUUAGCUUAGAAAAGCUUGUUUCAAGAAUGAAAACGUUCCCGUACUUCAUUGGUAGUAAGACUCAAAACCAAUUGUUCUAACCUCUUAUAUACUUGAAUCAUUCAUAGAUUGCAGUAAAAAGUUUAUAAUGUUUUUGACUUUUGACUUGAAUUUAAGAAAGUCAACGGCUAGAAAAGAGUGUGUUAACAGAUAAGAAAAAAGCUGAGCUACUACAGUAGUUGAGUUCCCUUGUAUUUCUUGCACUGCACAACUUCUCUGACCAAGACUAUCUAAAACUUGUGAAAGUCUUAGAGAUGAUCUCAACUUGAUUGUGAUUGACUAAGCCAAACACACUUUCCUGGAAGAAUCAUCCUUUAUAAAACUCUCACUAUCAAAUAUUAAUAGCUGAUAAGUCAAUUCAAGCUUCCCGUUUUCUGUUGACUAGACUAUUAGACUAUAUAACGUAUAUGCUUAGCUUAAUCAAUUUUAUUCCAUAACUGCAAAAUUAAAGCUUCUGAUCUCAAAUACAAGUCGAUAAUAAUGUCGUGCUUUUCUAACGAAUGGCCGUAUUAUGAGCAUCAGAAUGUGCACGAUACAACCUCCACAAAAACUAUGUCAGACAGUACUAGUGUUAUAGAUCAUAAUAAUAACUAUGUAGUAAGCACCAAUAGAUCAAAUGUAAUGAGUCCUUUUAAUGAUCUGAGGGUAACCAAGAAGAAGUCGCGAGGUUCAAAGAGGCAGUCACCAGUUACCAUAUUGAACGCAGAUGCAUCCAAUUUUCGAGCGUUGGUGCAGGAGCUAACAGGCAGGCCUAGCGCGCCUGCUAGAGUCAGGGCAAAUAAAGGUCCGCUUAACAUUAAUUUUAGGCAAGCAAAAGAACAAGAUGUUGUGUUUCCUGUAUUUGGGUACCAUCACCAAUCAUCAGUACAUGUUGAUCAUCAUCAAAAGAAGAAUGAAGAUGAUCAUGCAAUGAUGUUAUCGAGUGGUGUGCAAAGCAAUCAGACAUCGUUGCUGUCAAUUUCGGAUGAUCAUCCUAGGAUGAAUUUGGACGAGUUUGAUGAUGUUGAUCUUGAUGUUGAGCAGUGUUUAGAAGAGCUAGCUAGCAUUGGUGAGGGUGGAUAUUACCAAUGUUAACAACUGUGUUACUAACUUAUAUAUUAUAUGAUCAUGAUUUCAAUUGUCUUACUUCAUUAUAUAUUAUGAAUCAUAAGAGCUUAUUGUAAUUGCUUUCAGGGUGAAUAAACUAAACACCUGUUAUGUCUUUCAA